AUAUGAAAGAAAAGCACGAGGUUCAGUUUGUUUGUGCAGGAGCUUUUGUCGUGAUUGGUCGUAUAACCUAAUAGUAGCGAGAGAAAUAUUUUGUUUCUGUAAGAAAGUUCUAAUAAAAUUAUAAUAAAUGGAGGAUGUUGAAAGCAAGGCUUCCGUUACAUCAAAAGAAGCAGCAAUAGAAGAAGUUCCGGAAGAAAUUUCGAAAAAAGUGAAAGAUCAAAAGGAAGAAACGUCAAGGGUGAAUGUGGAAGUACUCGAUGACGAAGAAACUGCAAGGACAGAACAACCAGUUUAUCAAAUACGCCCGCAAUUACAUGAGAAGUUUAAACCUUUAAGCGCUAAAGAAGUCAUACAUAAUGUACUUUUUGAUCAGCUUUCUGCAAAAAUUUAUGAUGCGGAGGAAGCUGUUCAAUGGACUAAAGAUAUAGCUGACACAAUUAGAGAAAAAAUUAAAGACUUAAAAUUCAAACAUUACAAAUAUAUUGUAAAUGUGGUUUUGGGUGAACAGCAUGGUGCUGGGGUAAAAAUAGGUACAAGAUGUAUUUGGGAUGCAGAGGCAGAUGCAUAUGCAUAUGAUAGUUUUUUAAAUGACACAAUAUUCUGUGUGGCUACUGUGUAUGCUGUAUAUUUUUAUUAGAAAGUGGUUAUAUACCUCUAAAUAUGUUCAGUAUUCGUUGAUAUGAAGAAUAUUUUAGAGUGUCACAAGUGGAGGGAGAAUAAACACAUGAUUUCAUAGG